GGUAGGCGGCUUUCGCUUUUUCUCUUCCAGUUCCCAGACCUUCCCGCGGAUGGCCAGGCCGGCCGGCUCUCGGGUGGCUCCUCCCCCGCGGCUCCUGCGCGCCGUCCGGGUCCCGGUUGCGAUCGCGGUCACGGUCACGGUCGGCGGCGCGGGCGCUGGGCAGGCCGGGGCCGGGUCGGGCCCCUGCGGGCGGAGCCGCGGGGGAGGAGCGUGGGGCGGACGAGGAGCGGCCGCGCCUUCCGCAGCCUCGGGCGCCCAGGGCGCGGGCACGGGCGCGCGUGGGGCAGAGCUCGGCUGGCGGGUCCCGGGCACCAUGGCCAGUGGCCUGGGUCAGGGGUGCGAGGAGGACGAGGAGGAGGAGGGUCUGAAGAAGCUGAUCGUCAGGCUGAACCACGUCCAGGAGAGCAAGCAGGUCUCGACGCUGGUGCAGCUGCUGGAGGACCUGCUGGUGUUCACCUACUCCGACCGCGCCUCCAAGUUGUUCGAAGGUAAAAAUUUCCACGUGCCCCUGCUGCUCGUCCUGGACUCCUACAUGAGGGUGGCCAGCGUGCAGCAGGUGGGUUGGUCACUUCUAUGCAAAUUAAUAGAAGUCUGUCCAGGGACAAUGCAAAGCUUAAUGGGACCCCAGGAUGUUGGAAAUGAUUGGGAAGUUCUUGGUGUCCACCAACUGAUUCUUAAAAUGCUAACUGUUCAUCAUGCCAAUGUAAACCUGUCAACAGUUGGACUGAAGGCCCUAGAUCUCCUCCUAAAUUCAGGCAAAAUCACUUUGCUGAUCCUGGAUGAAGAGUGUGAUAUCUUCUUGUUAAUUUUUGAUGCCAUGCACACGUAUUCAACCAAUGAUGAAGUUCAGAAACUUGGAUGCAAAGCUUUACAUGUGCUGUUUGAGAGAGUUUCCGAGGAACAACUGAUUGAGUUUGUUGAGAACAAAGAUUAUAUGGUAUUGCUAAGAGCAUUGAACAGUUUCAGGGAGGAAGAGGAAAUCGUGUUGCACGUGCUGCACUGCCUACACUCCCUGGCAAUUCCGUGCAACAACGUUGAAGUCCUCAUGAGUGGCAAUGUCAGGUGUUACAACAUUGUAGUAGAAGCCAUGAAAACCUUCCCUAGCAGUGAAAAAAUUCAACAUGUGAGCUGCUGCCUGCUCCACAGGCUCACAUUAGGUAAUUUUUUCAACAUCCUGGUGUUAAAUGAGGUGCAUGAUUUUGUGGUGAAAGCUGUGCGGCAAUAUCCAGAGAACCCGUCACUACAAAUAUCCGGGCUGAGCUGCCUAGCGCUCCUCACUGAGACCAUUUUUUUAAACCAAGACUUGGAGGAAAGGAAUGAAAAUCAGGAUCACAGUGAUGAAGAGGAAGAGGAGAAGCUGUUCUGGCUGGAAGCGUGCUACAGAGCCCUCACCCAGCAUCGCAAGAACAAGCACGUGCAGGAGGCUGCAUGCUGGGCGCUGAAUAAUCUCCUUAUGUACCAGAACGGUUUACACAGGAAGAUUGGAGACGAAGAUGGCCAGCUCCCAGUGCACAGGGAAGUGAUGCUGUCUAUGCUGAUGCACUCCUCGUCCAAAGACGUCUUCCAAGCAUCCGCCAAUGCACUAUCCAUACUCUUGGAACAAAAUGUUAAUUUCAGGAAAAUCCUGCUGUCAAAAGGCAUAUACCUGAAUGUCUUGGAGCUGAUGCAGAAACACGGGAAUUCUCCUGAGGUGGCGGAGAGUGGCUGUAGAAUGCUGAGUCAUUUGUUUGAAGGAAGUAGCACUACCCUGGACACAAUGGCAGUAGUGCUCCCCAAAAUAAUAACAGUGAUGAAAAGCCAUGAAACCUCACUGCCGGUGCAACUGGAGGCACUGAGGGCCAUUGUACACUUUGUGGUGACAGGACUACCAGAAGAAUCAAAGGCUGAAUUCCAAUGCAAGCUGAACAUGGUUAAAAAGCAAUGUUUCAGGAAUGAUAUUCACAAACUGGUUCUAGCCGCUCUGAACAGGUUCAUUGGAAAUCCUGGGGUUCAGAAAUGUGGAUUGAAAGUGAUGUCUUCUCUAGUACAUCUUCCCGAAGCCUUAGAGGUAUUGUCGCUGCAUGGUGCCGUUGAUACCAUCCUUCACACACUGCAGAUGUACCCAGAUGACCAAGAAAUUCAGUGUCUGGGCUUAAGUUUAAUGGGAUGCUUAAUUACAAAGAAGAAUUUAUGCAUUGGAACAGGACACCUCCUGGCAAAAAUUCUGGUUUCCAGUUUACAGCGAUUUAAAGAUGUUGCUGCAGUACAGGCUACGGGAUUGCAGACCGUCUUGGCAAUCCUUGAGCUCUCAGUGCCGUUUGCUAAGCUGCUGGUGCAUCAUUCAUUUGAUUUGGUAAUCUUCCUCCAGAUGUCUUCCAGUGUCAUGGAACCAAAGGAUGAGCAGUUUCUCAACCUGUGUUGCAAAUGCUUUGCAAAACUGGCUGCGGAUGAUGAGUUGAAAAAUGUAAUGCUGGAGAGAGCGUGCGACCAGAACAACAGCGUCAUGGUUGAAUGCUUGCUUCUGUUGGGAGCUGAUGCCAAUCACAUGAAGGGGGCGACUUCAUUAAUUUAUCAGGUAUGUGAGAAAGAGAACAGUUCAAAGUUGGUGGAACUGUUGCUUAACGGUGGGUGCCGUGAGCAGGAUGUGCGGAAAGCACUGACAGUAAGCAUCCGGAGAGGUGACAGCCAGGUGGUCAGCUUGCUUUUGAGGCGGCUGGCCCUCGACCUGGCCAACAACAGCAUUUGCCUUGGAGGAUUUUGCAUGGGAAAAAUCGAACCUUCCUGGCUUGGUCCUCUAUUUCCAGACAAGUCAUCUAAUUUAAGAAAACAAACAAACGUAGGCUCUGUGCUAGCGAGAAUGGUACUCCGAUAUCAGACGAAAAGUGCAGUGGAGGAAGGAGCCUCAGCUGGCGAUGGGAGCUUUGCUGAAGACGGUCUACUUCAUAAAUUGGAUGAAUGGACCUUCCUUCCCGAUUCGUCUAUGGACAGCGUGUUUGGUCAAAGCGAUGAUCUGGAUAGUGAAGGAAGUGAAAGUUCAUUUCUCAUGAAAAGGAAAUCAAAUUCAAUUAGUGUAGGAGAAUUUUACAGAGAUCCUGUGUUGCAACGCUGCUCACCAAAUACACAGAGACAUUCCAAUUCAUUGGGUCCCAUUUUUGAUCAGGAGGAAUUACUGAGGCGAAAAAGAAAAAUACUGUCUUCAGAUGAUUCGCUCAGGUCCUCCAAGCUUCCAUCCUAUUCAAGGCAUUCGGGAAGCUCUUCUUCCCUGACUUCUGAGCGAGACUGUAUCACAUCGCUAGACCUCUCGGCCAACGAGCUGAGGGACAUCGAUGCCCUGAGCCCGCGGUGCUGUCUCAGCGGCCACCUGGAGCACCUGGUGAAGCUGGAGCUUCAGCAGAACGUCCUCACCUGUUUCCCGCAGCACCUGUGCGAGACUCUGAAGUGUUUGACACAUUUGGAUUUGCACAGUAACAAAUUCACAUCAUUUCCCUCUUACUUGUUGAAAAUGACUUGUAUCACCAAUCUUGAUGUCUCGCGAAACGACAUCGGGCCCUCUGUAGUUUUAGAUCCCACGGUGAAGUGCCCGACCCUGAAACAGCUUAACCUGUCAUACAACCAGCUGUCUUUGGUCCCAGAGAACCUCGCCACUGCGGUGGAAAACCUGGAGCAGCUCACGUUGGAAGGAAAUAAAAUAGCUGGGAUAUGUUCUUCCUUGAGCUUGAAGGAACUGAAGGUUUUAAAUGUCUGUAAAAACCACAUUUCAUCCCUUCCUGAGAACUUUCUUGAGGAUUGUCAGAAAGUGGAGAGUUUCAGUGCCAAAAUGAAUUUUCUUGCUACUAUGCCUGUCUUACCUUCCUCCAUAACAAGCCUAAAAUUAUCUCAGAAUAAAUUUACAUGCAUUCCAGAUGUAAUUUUAAUUCUACCACACCUGCGGUCGCUGGACAUGAGCAACAAUAACAUUGACUGUCUGCCAGGGCCUGCACACUGGAAAUCUCUGAACUUAAGGGAACUCCUGUUUAGCAAUAAUCAGAUCAGCAUCUUGAACUUGAGUGAAAAACCGCACCUGUGGUCUAGGGUAGAGAAACUCCAUCUUUCCCACAAUAAACUGAGAGAGAUUCCACCUGAGAUUGGCUUUCUUGAAAAUCUGACAUCUCUUGAUGUUAGUCACAACUCGGAACUGAGAUCUUUUCCCAACGAAAUGGGGAAAUUAAGCAAAAUAUGGGAUCUUCCCUUGGAUGAGUUGCAUCUGAGUUUUGACUUCAAGCAUGUAGGAUGUAAAGCCAAAGACAUCAUAAGGUUUCUUCAACAACGUUUGAAAAAGGCUGUGCCCUACAACAGGAUGAAGCUUAUGAUUGUGGGUAAUACUGGAAGUGGUAAAACCACGUUACUUCAGCAGUUAAUGAAAAUGAAGAAAUCAGAUCUUAGCAUGCAGGGGGCCACGGUUGGCAUCGAUGUGAAAGACUGGCCUAUCCAAAUCAGAGGCAAAAAGAAGAAAGACCUCGUUCUAAACGUGUGGGACUUUGCAGGUCGUGAGGAGUUCUACAGCACACAUCCCCACUUCAUGACCCAGAGAGCUCUGUACCUCGCUGUCUAUGACCUGAGCAAAGGGCAGGCAGAAGUGGACGCCAUGAAGCCCUGGCUCUUCAAUAUCAAGGCCCGUGCUUCUUCUUCCCCCGUGAUUCUCGUGGGUACACAUCUGGAUGUUUCUGAUGAGAAGCAGCGCAAAGCCUGCAUAAGUAAAAUCACCAAGGAGCUCUUGAACAAGCGAGGAUUCCCUGCCAUCCGGGAUUACCACUUUGUGAACGCCACUGAGGAGUCUGAUGCUUUGGCAAAACUUCGGAAAACCAUCGUAAAUGAGAGUCUUAAUUUCAAGAUUCGGGAUCAGCCUGUUGUCGGGCAGCUAAUCCCAGACUGCUACCUCGAACUGGAGAAAAUCAUCUUAUCAGAGCGAAGAACUGUGCCAAUUGAAUUUCCUGUGAUUGACCAGAAACGCCUGUUACAGCUAGUGAAGGGAAACCAGCUGCAGCUGGAUGAAAACGAGCUUCCCCAGGCGGUUCACUUCUUAAACGAGUCAGGAGUCCUUCUUCAUUUUCAAGACCCAGCACUGCAGUUGAGUGAUUUGUAUUUUGUGGAACCCAAGUGGCUUUGUAAAGUCAUGGCACAGAUUUUGACAGUAAAAGUGGAAGGCUGUCUGAGACAUCCCAAGGGCAUCAUUUCCCGUAGAGAUGUGGAAAAGUUCCUUUCAAAGAAAAAGAGAUUUCCAAAGAACUAUAUGGCUCAGUACUUCAAACUCCUAGAAAAAUUCCAGAUCGCCUUGCCGAUAGGAGAAGAGUGUUUGCUGGUUCCAAGCAGUUUAUCUGACCACAGACCUGUGAUUGAGCUCCCUCAUUGUGAGAACUCCGAAAUUAUCAUUAGAUUAUAUGAAAUGCCAUACUUUCCAAUGGGAUUUUGGUCCAGAUUAAUUAAUCGAUUACUUGAAAUUUCACCUUUCAUGCUUUCUGGAAGAGAAAGAGCACUUCGCCCAAACAGGAUGUACUGGCGCCAAGGGAUCUACUUGAACUGGUCUCCCGAGGCUUACUGUCUAGUAGGAUCUGAGGUCUUGGACAAUCACACAGAGAGUUUCUUGAAAAUUACAGUUCCAUCCUGUAGAAAAGGCUGUAUUCUUUUGGGCCAAGUUGUGGACCACAUUGAUUCUCUCAUGGAAGAGUGGUUUCCUGGACUGCUAGAGAUUGAUAUUUGCGGUGAAGGAGAAACCCUGUUAAAGAAAUGGGCUUUAUACAGUUUUAACGAUGGUGAAGAACAUCAAAAAAUCUUGCUUGAUGACCUGAUGAAGAAAGCAGAGGAAGGAGAUCUUCUGGUUAAUCCAGAUCAACCCAGACUCACCAUUCCAAUAUCUCAGAUUGCUCCUGACCUGAUUUUGGCUGACCUGCCUAGAACCAUCAUGCUGAAUAAUGAUGAGCUGGAAUUUGAACAAACUCCUGAGUUUCUCUUAGGUGAUGGCAGUUUUGGAUCAGUGUAUCGAGCCACCUAUGAAGGAGAAGAAGUAGCUGUGAAGAUUUUUAAUAAGCAUACGUCACUCAGGCUGUUACGACAAGAGCUGGUGGUGCUUUGCCACCUCCACCACCCCAGCUUGAUACUGUUGCUGGCGGCUGGGAUUCGACCGCGAAUGCUGGUGAUGGAGUUGGCCUCCAAGGGCUCCUUGGAUCGCCUGCUUCAGCAAGACAAAGCCAGCCUCACCAGAACCCUCCAGCACAGGAUCGCCCUGCAUGUGGCUGAUGGCUUGAGGUACCUCCAUUCAGCCAUGAUCAUAUACCGUGAUCUGAAACCACACAACGUGCUGCUCUUCACCCUGUAUCCCAACGCUGCCAUCAUCGCCAAGAUCGCAGACUACGGCAUUGCGCAAUACUGCUGUAGAAUGGGCAUAAAGACCUCAGAGGGCACCCCAGGGUUCCGGGCACCUGAAGUUGCCAGGGGAAAUGUCAUUUAUAACCAGCAGGCUGAUGUUUAUUCAUUCGGCUUGCUACUCUAUGACAUUUUCACAACUGGAAGUAGAAUAACGGAGGGCUUGAAGUUCCCAAAUGAGUUUGACGAAUUGGCAAUCCAAGGAAAAUUGCCUGAUCCAGUUAAAGAAUAUGGUUGUGCUCCAUGGCCUCUGGCUGAGAAGUUAAUUAAAAAGUGUUUGAAAGAAAAUCCUCAAGAAAGACCUACUUCUGCCCAGGUCUUUGACAUUUUGAAUUCAGCUGAAUUAAUUUGUCUGAUGAGACAUAUUUUAAUACCUAAGAACAUUAUUGUUGAAUGCAUGGUUGCUACAAAUCUGAACAGCAAGAAUGGAAGCCUCUGGCUGGGCUGUGGACACACCGACAAGGGGCAGCUCUCUUUCCUUGACUUAAACACCGAAAAAUGCAGUUAUGAGGAAGUGGUGGAUAGUAGAAUAUUAUGUUUGGCUUUGGUGCAUCUUCCUGCUGAAAAAGAAAGUUGGAUUGUGUGCGGGACACAGUCGGGGGCUCUCCUGGUCAUCAACACCAGAGACGAGACGAAGAGGCACAACCUGGAAAAGAUGACGGAUUCUGUUACCUGUCUGUAUUGCAAUUCCUUUUCCAAGCAGAGCAAGCAAAACAAUUUUCUUUUGGUGGGAACUGCUGAUGGCAAUUUAGUGAUUUUUGAAGAUAAGGCAGUUAAGUGUAAAGGUGCUGUCCCCCUGAAGACGCUACACAUAGGUGAUGUCAGCAUGCCCCUCAUGUGCUUGAGCGAGUCCAUGAAUUCAGCUGAAAGAAACCUUACCUGGGGAGGAUGCGGCACCAAAGUCUUCUCCUUUUCCAGUGAUUUCACCAUUCAGAAACUCAUCGAGACAAGGACCAGCCAGCUGUUUUCUUACGCAGCGUUCAGCGAUUCCAGCAUCACGGCUGUGGCAGUCGACACGGCUCUCUAUGUUGCCAAGAAAAACAGCCCCGUGGUAGAGGUGUGGGACAAGAAAACGGAAAAACUCUGUGAACUCAUAGACACUGUGCACUUCUUAAAGGAGGUAAUGGUAAAAACAAACAGAGAAUCAAAGCACAAGCUGUCUUACUCCGGGAGGGUGAAGGCACUCUGCCUGCAGAAGAACACAGCUCUCUGGAUAGGGACUGGCGGAGGCCACAUCUUACUCCUGGAUCUUUCCACUCGGCGCGUCAUACGCAUCAUUAACAACUUCUGUGAUUCUGUUAGAGUCAUGGUCCCAGCACAGUUAGGAAGCCUUAAAAACGUCAUGCUGGUUUUGGGCUAUAAGCGGAAAAGUACGGAAGGAACAGAAGAACAGAAAGAGAUACAAUCUUGCUUGUCUAUUUGGGACAUCAAUCUUCCACACGAAGUGCAAAAUUUAGAGAAGCACAUUGACGUGAGAACAGAAUUAGCUGAUAAAAUGAGAAGAACGUCUGUCGACUAGGAGGACAGCAGAUAGCUCGCUCGUUGGGUUGCAAAAUGAUUCCCCUCAAAUAUUUUUUAAAUGUUUACAUUGAAAAUAAUAUUUCUACUCUUUGAAAAGCUCAUAUGUACAUGAAGGAAUGUUUAUAUGUUUUAUGUUUAAUUUAAUAAAUAUAAAGAUAUUUACCAGUGAACAGAUGUUUCAAAGAAUUGUUUAAAAUAUAGUGCUGGAUUUCCUCUAUGCUCUAAUUAGUGUAAUGGAUCAAGCAAAAGAAAUCGGCCAAGUAUUUAAUUUCAGUGUUCAUACUAAAGUUUAUAGUGUGAUUACGUUCGUUUUGCUGUAUGUUACGAAGAUAAACUUUAAACCUUUGCUCAGGACAAGGCUGUUGCUUUUUUACCGUCUGCCAACUCUGCAGGAAGAACCCAAACGUUAGCGCAGUGCUCUCAUGCUGUAGGCUCUUUCUUACAUCGCUUUAAACUAUCACAAAUGCUUGUACAUUGUUGGUUUUCAAUAAUAAAGCCUUCUGUUCAAGCAGA